AGUUUAGUGAUAGCUCCGACCCGAGCACGUUGUCUGAUUUGUGUUGCUUGGUCGCUUUAUCAAUUUAAUUGUCAAAAACAUGUCCCACUCCGUUGUUGACCUCCGCUCGGACACUGUUAGUCAGCCCACGGCCCAGAUGCGGGCCCGGAUGGCCAACGCCGUGGUCGGGGAUGAUGUAUACGGCGAGGAUCCCACCGUCAACGAACUGGAGUCGCGGACAGCGUCCAUUUUCGGCAAGGAGGCCGGCGUCUUUGUGCCCAGCGGCACCAUGGGAAAUCUACUAGCAAUCAUGGUUCACUGCCACCGUCGCGGCACAGAGGCCCUCGUCGGCGAUUUAUCGCACAUCUUUCUCUACGAGCAAGGUGGAGCCUCGCACCUGGCCGGCGUCCAAUUAGCCACGCUGAAGAACGCGCAGGACGGCACUUUCAGUCUGGAGGAGCUGCGUCGCCGUAUCCGGCACGAGGACCAACACGAACCCAUCACCUCACUGGUGGUGGUGGAGAACACCCAUAAUAUAUGCGGUGGCAAGGUGGUGCCACUGGCCUUCCUGGACGAACUGGCUGCCCUGGUGCGCAAGCCAGGCGUGGGCACCGGCUCCGCCCGCAUCGCCCUCCACAUGGACGGGGCGCGAGUGUUCAACGCGGCUGCUGCCUUGGGCGUCAGCGUGGAGCGCAUCUGUCGGGACUUUGACUCCGUUUCUAUUUGCUUCAGCAAGGGCUUAUCGGCCCCGGUGGGAUCGGUAUUGGUUGGCUCCAAGGAAUUCAUUGCAGAGGCUCGUCGCUUGCGAAAGGCCUUAGGUGGCGGCAUGCGUCAGGUGGGUGUCCUGGCGGUGGCCGGACUGGUGGCUCUGGACGAGGUGGUACCAUUGCUGGGCAAAGAUCACGAACGCACCAAGAAAAUCGCCAAAGCCAUUUUUGAACUCCAAAGCCCCAACAUUACCGUGGAAUUGGACACAGUGCAGAGCAACAUAUUGCUGGUAGAGAUCACCCAGCAUAAGCUGGAGGCCAGUGAGUUUGCCAAUCGCCUGGGUACCGUAGAGCCUGAGGAGUUGGCCGCCGGAGUGACUGACAAAAAUGGAGCUGGAAUCGUGGUAAAGGCUUCUGCUCGAGACUGGGCCUUUGCCCGGCUGGUGCUUUACCACCAAGUUGACGAUGAGCAGGUGGAGUUGGCCAUCCGGAAGCUGAAGUACGUCAUCGGUCAGUACGAUAAACUCUGGCCCCGGGCCUAAAGCGAAGCGUUUCUCCUUUGAAUAUUAGUAUAAAGACAAACACAAUUAGAUUUCGAGUUUUUUGUCGUUUAAUUAAAGAGGACGAGGAAGCAAAGAAAA